UGAGCCCUGAACGCGCGCUGGUGGGAGGAAGCGCGUGGACUGCUGCUGCUGCAAAAAAGAAAAAGAAGAAAGGCUUCGUCUCGAUUUUAACGCUGGAGGUCAGGGUCUUUUGCAGAGCUGUAAACUUUGACCCUUAAGCCCUGUGCUGGUCCUUGACUUUGCGACCCUGGACUGCAUACACAUUCUGACUGAAGAGGCCGCCAUGAGCCAGGAGGGGCAGGGUGACCCCCUCCACACGCACACAUCACCUCCAGAUGCACUUGUAGAGGCCCAAGAGGAUCCCGACAGCCCUGAGGCUGGAGAUGUGGAGCAGGAGAAGGAGGCAGGGGAGGUGAAUGUUUUGGACUGUCAGGCUGAGGAACGGGCAAGUAGAGAUGAAGGAGAGACGGAAGUAGUUUCAGAAGAAGAAAAGCCAGAAGAAGAACUAAAUGGGGAUGUGCUGGCUAAUGGAGAGCAGAGGACAGACGAAGACGAAGAGAUCGGAGAUGGUUCUAGAAAGAACGGAGAGGAUGAAAGCUGCUGCCUGCAGGCAGAACCUGAGCACAGCAAAGGAGACAGCGACAAUGUCCCUAGCACUGAAUAUGAGGGUCAUGACGUCCUCCCACAUCCAUUGGACCAACCCGCGGAGGAUUCAGUGGAGCCGCAGCACACUGUGAGGGUGCAAAACGGCACUAGCGAGGACAGCGAAGGGCAGGAGGAAGACGAAGGCUGUGAUGAAGAGCCAGCUCAAGGGAACUUGGACACAUUCAGCUCCACCUUUGAGCUUUCAGUGGAAGAAGCAGACGCGGAGGUAGAGGAGGAAGAAGAGGCGCCAAACCAGGACAGUUUCAGCUCAGCAUUCGAGCGCAUCGUGGAACAAGCUGGUGGAUCCACAGCGCUCGAGGACGAGGAGGAGGAGGAGGACGGUGGCGAGGAAGAGUGUGACAGGGCCAAGGAAAGCCAGGACGGCUUCAGCUCCACGUUUGAACGCAUUGUGGAGUCGGAGCUUCUGCGAGGUGGCACUUGCUACAGUAGCCUGGACUCACUGGACGUGCUGUCGCUCACGGACGAGACGGACAGCUGUGUGAGCUUCGAGGCACCCCUCACGCCGCUCAUCCAGCAGAGGGCGCUGGCAGGGCCUGAGCCUCCAGAGCUGGAGCUGGAGACCGUGCAGGAGGGAGCCGAGACCCAGGAGGGGGAGGGGGAGCUGGACACUGGAAGGAACGAAGCGGGCUCCGGAAGCCCCCUCCGGACCUCCAUCCCAGGCAGCAGGUCUGAAAAUGUCCUGAGCCAGCCGGCGCAGUGGAGCAUUCCCAAUGGAUUCCACAAUGACCUGUCAGGCAGCAUAGAGAGGCCAGGAAUCCUCCCCAGCUCUGUCAGUGAUGCCAAUCUCACAGAUGGACUGUGUGACUCAGACUCUGAGCUGGGCAGCCUGGAGACGCUGGAGAGGGGCAGCACCGAUACACUUGCGAACGGGUGCCGUGCUGACGCAGAUGCUGCCAAGCGGCUGGCUAAGCGGUUGUUCUACCUGGAGGGCUUCAAGCGGUGUGACGUGGCACGACAUCUGGGGAAGAAUAAUGAAUUCAGUCAGAUGGUGGCAUCAGAGUAUCUGAGCUUCUUUGACUUCACGGGGUUGUCCUUAGAUCGAGCGCUAAGGAACUUCCUAAAGGCAUUUCCUCUGAUGGGAGAGACGCAGGAGAGAGAGCGAGUUCUGGUGCACUUUUCCAAACGCUUCUGCCACUGUAAUCCAGAGGCCCUCACCUCCGAAGAUGGAGCUCACACACUGACUUGUGCUCUCAUGUUGCUGAAUACAGACCUGCAUGGCCAUAACAUUGGGAAGAAGAUGUCUUGCCAGCAGUUCAUUAGCAAUCUGGAUGGUCUGAAUGACGGCAAAGAUUUUCCCAAAGAAUUACUCAAGGUGCUGUAUAAUUCAAUAAAGAAUGAGAAAUUAGAAUGGGCCAUUGAGGAAGAGGAGUUGAGGAAGAGUCUGUCAGAGCUGGUGGAAGAUCAGUGCGAGGCGGGAGGAAAGCGGGUUGUCAGGGUAACAGACGGCAGUAACCCUUUCAUUGCCAUCCCACUGCUGCUCAACGCUGCCACGUACAAACACGGCAUCCUCACUCGCAAGAGUCAUGCAGACAUGGACGGCAAACGCACCCCGAGAGGGCGGCGGGGCUGGAAGAAAUUCUAUGCUGUGCUGAAGGGCAUGAUCCUCUAUCUGCAGAAAGAUGAGUAUAAGCCAGAUAAGGACCUGUCUGAAGUUGACCUGAAGAAUGCAGUGCGUGUGCACCAUGCACUGGCCACCAGAGCCUGCGACUACAGCAAGAGACCCAAUGUGCUCAAACUCAAAACGUCAGACUGGAGGGUCUUCCUCUUCCAGGCCCCGAGUGAGGAGGAGAUGAUGUCAUGGAUCUUCAGGAUAAAUCUGGUAGCUGCUCUGUUCUCUGCUCCUGCGUUCCCUGCAGCCAUCGGCUCCAUGAAGAAAUUCUGCAGACCACUGCUUCCAUCAUCCACAACUAGACUCAACCAGGAGGAGCAGCUGAAAUGUCAUGAGAGUAAACUAAAGCAGAUAUCUCUGGAGGUGGAGGAGCACAAGAAGAACCCUCCAGAGCUUAUGCCCAAGAGCAAAGAGACAGAGGAAUACCGCCUCAAAGAGCACUACCUUACCUACGAGAAAAGCCGCUAUGAGACGUAUGUCAACCUGCUUCAGGCCAAACUGCGUGUGGGGAGCGACGACCUGGACAAGAUUGAGGCCAGUGUGUUCAGUGGAGACAGCAGGGACUGCCACCUGCGCAAAACCCAGUCCAGCCCGUCCAUCAGCCAGGGUCAUGGGCUUAACGGCCGAACCGGUCACAAAAACCCUGACAACCGCAGCUGAAGGGCCAUCUUGGGUUCUGUGCACAUGAACUUUUGAACUCUCCGCUUGUGGUUGAAGUUCAGCCACGAUGGUAUUGGACAGCUGAGGCAGUUCUCUUUCUGGAAAAAGAGAGAAACAUGAACGUAGCAUAAAAACAAUGUACAGUAAAUUAUGACUAUUGUAAGUAUCAUUAGUAUUAUUAUGACGCUCGUAAACAUUUUUAAUACUGAAAAAUGAACAUACAUUAUGUGCCAAAAAAGGAAAUGCAGAAUUAAAGAGGAGACCAAGACUGUAUUAGAGGCUCAAAAUGUACAUCACAUGACUGCGUUUCAUGCCAAGUUGAUAGUGGCAUCACAUGGCAGUUUAUUGUGAUGGUAAAGAGAUGCACUAUGAAGAUCACGAGGCUAAUUUAUUGUAAUGUCAGGACACGUCAGGAGACGUUCUACUGCAGCGUCACAAGGCACCUUUCUUGAUGUCAGUAAGGAUUUCUGACAUAAUAUAUUCUGGAAGCUUUUCUUUAUGACACGGCAGCAUAAUGUCAUGACACGUCAUCAUGACACCAUUAUAGUGACGUCACAAUUGCGUGAAUAGUCCGAGGCUGUAUGUAGGGACGGCUUCCUGACCGACUUGUUUGAUGUUUGCUAGAGAUGUAGCACUUGGCUUAUUCGCGAGGCCUUCGAUGUCUCAGCCUCUGUAGUAGCCAUUUUAAGGGCUCUGUCACACGCUGAGCUGUGUUCAGAUUCAUAUGAGCUGUCUACAGUAUGAUGCAAAUAUCCCCAUUAUUUAUUAUGUCAUAUUUAUUGUGAGGUUUUCUUUUCUGAGCCAUUACAGUGGACUCUUGUAAUGUUGAAAGCAAUUUAUCUUAAAUUAGUCGAUUCUAUAUUUAAUCUCAGAUCUUUUUCAAUGGAGCUACCUGCUGGGGGUGAUAGGGGACCCAAGAUGAGGAUCUUAUUCUACAAAAAUGUCUUAAGUAUCUCAAAAAAGACAGGGUAUGAAAUGAGAAACAGGAACACAAAGCAUCAGAAGAUGUAUGCAUGGGUGUGGGUGUGCGUGUGGAUGUGCUAUGAAGGGAGCGAAAGAGAAAGUAAGCCGAAAGUGAGAGUUACUUGUAUGUCGAAGUACAGCAGUGAAGAUGAUGAUUUAUAUGUGUUUGAAAGCGACACACGAGUCCUCGUCUUCUUCAGCAGACCACGAAAGCCUUCCCAGCAAUCCCGGACAAAGCACGAAGCAGCAGGACUGCAAACUCUGACCAAUGUCUGCAUCUCACGCUGCAGCAUAGGGGACUAAAUUUUACAAAGACCACAUGUUAAAAUGCAUUAUUAUACUGUAAAUCAGUAUAGUGAAGAUGGGAUCAGCGUAACCUGUAAGGAGGAAGACUGUCCAUGGCACUAUAACAAUGCUUGGCUCUUCAACUGGCGCACUGUUGGCCCCAGGUGCAUCUCCAUCCAUCCUCAUGGUACGGACUUUCUGUGUUCAAGCAAUGGCAAGUAGAUUUUUCUAGUGCAGUUUUGACGCAUGAUGAUGGUGAGAGUGAGCGAAUGAGCUUUUGGCUCUCACACUGCUAUAUGUGUAAUAACAUAUAAAGAGCUGCAAUUUUAUACACUCUUAGUAACUGCUUUCUUAAACUGACUUCCCUAUACUUGUCGCUUUGGCUGUUGUGCUAACAAUGAUUUUCCCCAAUGUUUAGGGUAGAAUACAAAUGCUGUUGUAAUAAAAGAUUGUGAUGAUUAUUUUAUAAUUUC